UUGGGAUUAUUUGGCAUUUCUACGAAAACAUUACGUCUGCUUGGCAGCUAGAAGAUGUACGUAUUUGUUCUGGUAGCCGGUUUGGUCUACCACGUCGCAGCGAAGUUCAGCGUAAGCGAUUUGUCGAGUUAUGGAACUGCGCUGUAUCGAACAAUUGAUCCGAGAGUUGACGAACUGAUAAGAAAGUUGGACCCUUCUUCAGGAAUCCAGCCAUGGCAACUGGGAAACUUGGUAGGAGGUGAUAUGGCUCUGCCCAUGCCGAAGUUGCGAAACGCACUUGUUGGAAACUCCAGCUCAUACUUCCGAUGGCCGAAUGCUACCGUAGUCUACGACAUGGACGGCUCAUUUAAUAGUACCGAACUUCGAUUUAUCUACGGAGCGAUGCGGGAAUUCGAGAAGUACACCUGCGUACGGUUCAAAAAACGUACCACGGAACAAUCCUACGUAUCGAUCGACAACCGACAGUACGGAUGUUGGGCCGAUGUCGGCCGAGGACGUGGCAAGACUCGGGUUCAUCUACAACCGGGCUGUGCAAACGCCCUCACAACCCCCAUUCACGAAUUGAUGCACGCCCUUGGAUUCCACCAUGAGCACAAUCGACUCGAUCGCGACGACUACAUUGAAAUCAUCUACGAUCACAUGAUUCCGGACCCAUCGGUGUACUUCAACUUCCAACUGGUAGAAGAGACCGAGACGACCAACUUCAACGUACCGUACGACAUUGGAAGCAUCAUGCAUUACAUGAAUACUUCGUUCUCCGUCAAACCGCAAACCCUGCGGACAAUGGAGCCCCUGAUCCCGUGGAAUGGAACCUUCGGGCAGGGCCCAACGCUCACCAAGUACGACGCCCUGUUGAUCAACAUCAUGUAUUGUGGAGUUCCGGAGCCAAAGGAACCGCUUCCCGUGCCACAGGAAUGGAUUCCGGCUGAACCGAUCCACAAGGUAACAACGCCGACUCCGAAGGUCUCCACAACCAAGCAGACGGUUAACGUUAAGAAGACUACAGCUUACAUGAAAAUGUCGAACAGCAACAAGCAGAAGAUGGAGGAAGAUCUUAAGAAAAUGCUGGAUUCCAGAAAAGGAUGACUUUUCAAAUCAAAAAUGAAUUCAUUAUGCUAGAUAGAAUCAGCAAACUUUCGUUGAAGGUGUUGUUAUUCAUGUUUGGUAGACUAGGUAGUAUAAACCUGAUUAUUGUACUGAAUUUUCGAACCCUUUAAGCAGAAUACCCUCUUUAAAUGAGUGUAAUCAGUUUUGUGUUAUCCUUGGCCAUCCAAACUGCUCUUGAAUUCAGAUCCUGAAGUCUACGAGAGUGACGAUAACUUCUUUCAUUAUUAAAAUCUAUGAUUUGUA